AUGGUGAUACCAAGAAUGUCCUUGAAUUUCGUCUCCGUCGAUCCAGAAUUUUGCGGAUUUUGUGGAGCUAUCCUUCAAAUGCCUCAAAAUGCUCCAUCUACUGUUGCUUGUCGCGUAUGUGGUACACAAUGGCAUGUAAAAGAAAAACGUGAUCAUCUCGUAUGCCGAAUAGAGAAAAUUUACGAGAGGACAGUAGCUGAUACGGAGGGCAUGGAACAAGAUGAUGGAGCCGAUGCUGUUGUCGACCAUGUUUGUAGCAAGUGCGGUCACAACAAAGCGUCUUACUCCACCAUGCAGACGAGAUCAGCGGAUGAAGGCCAGACAGGAGUUGAUACAGCAGUCAUUGCUGUUCAAAAGCGUGUACCGGACAGUUUAAUCGUAGCUGACUCAGUCACAUCCAUCUAUAAUCUUUCUCCAACCGUUGGAUGCUGUGCUAUAGGAAUGAUCCCUGAUUGCAAAUAUCAGGUACGUGUGGCGCAAAUGGAGGCAUCUCGUUGGAAGUACGAGAAUGGAUACGACAUGCCAUGUGAGUUAUUGGCGAAAAGAAUUGCCGACAAAAACCAGUUCUACACGCAGAACGCUGAAAUGAGGAGUUUGGGAUGCGCCAUGAUCAUGAUUUCGUUCGAUGAUGAGGAUGGAGCAGUUGUGUUCAAAGUCGACCCAGCUGGAUAUUAUCGUGGAAUGAAGGCAGUAUCAGUAGGUGUCAAACAAGUCACAGCAUCUUCGUUCCUUGAGAAGAAGAUCAAGAAGAAGUCAGAUCUGAACCAUGAUGAGACGAUCCAAUUAGCUAUCGAAGCGCUACAAAGCAGCUUGGGUAUUGAAACCCGUUCAAAAGAUCUUGAAGUUGUCGUGGUCUCAAAGAAGGACAAGAAGUUUACAAAGCUGACGAACGAUCAAGUUGACCAUCAUCUAAAUGCGAUUGCCAACCGUGAUUGAAAACCAUCGUUAUAUGUUUGAAUUCAUACGUGUUACAUGAAGUUUAUUUGUCCUAGCUCCAAUGCGCAUUAAUUAAUAAUGUAACUUAAUUUUAUUGUUUUUAUACCUCUGAAAUGUUAUGAAGAUGAUUGAUAAACGAAUCCGGU